UAGUAGCAGACGACAGAUGUAAAUCUCAUUUCACAGAGACAGUGAGGACGGAGUUGUGUCAGUGUUCACAAAACUGAGGGAACAUUUUGUUCGUAAUGAUUAUUAAUCCUACUUUGGCAGACGACAGGUUUAUUCAUCAGACGACAGUUUUCCGAUUGGAAAGAUUACCAGCAUUGUAUGGGGUAACACUUUUAUCGAAUUGUUAGCAGACGAUAAUUGUGAGAAACGGACGACAUUUUGAACACCGGAAAGUUUCUUAUAAAGCUAGCCGGGUGCAGCAGCACUGGGAUGCGUUCUCUCUGGCGUCUGUGAGGGUCCAAGACGGCUUGAUGGGAGACACGCUGUCAAGUUGCCAUUCAGCGCGCAGCUCGGCUCUCCAGGACGAGAACCCUUACGGCGGUCGGUUGAGACAAGGGGAUCAGAAGAGAUGGUCCACCAUGUCCAAGCGGAAAUCAGGCUCAAUGCUAGACAACCCAAAGACCAUGAUUUCUGCACCAGAAGACAUCCAACCGUCGCCUCUCUUCUCUCGCCCAGGCCGCCCGAGUAAUCUGGACUUGUUGCCCCCUGAGAACCCGAACGCUGCUCACACCGUGGAUCUUCUUCCCUCUUUCCCCUCCCGUUCCCCGCAAAUUUCUUCUCCGGAGAGCUGGACCUCUCAGCCGGGCGGCGACCCCUCUCCCAGUCCCUCCUUCAGCAGCGCCAACUCGAAUUCCAACCCACCACCCAAACCCCCGCGUCUCUACGUCAAUACCGCCACCGCCCCCUUGCGGAAAAAACGUAUCUCAGGAUAUUUCGGCAAUUACGAAAACAUCCCGGACUUGAAAUCCCUGCAGAGCACUGAUGUGGCCCCCGAACUCUCCCCCAUGAGCAGAACGUAUCCACGGAGUAGUCGGUACAAGGCCAUCGAGUCUCGAGAUUCCCGGAUGUUAACGGACGAGUUUCUCUUCGCUCAGCAUCGUCAGAUACUAGAAAUCAUGCGUUACUUGCUGAUAGACCGACUGAACGCCCCGGAUGUACUGCACCACUUGUUUCGUAAAGGGGUUAUAACGGAGCAGGAGAAGGAAAUCGUGCUGCAAGAGGAGAGAAAGAAAACCAUGAACAUUUUCAUCGUUGAUGAACUAUUCACAAAAGGGGAGGCAGAGUUCGAGGCAUUCAAAUACAUACUGCGUCUUAACGAGGAUCACGAGGCUUUAGCGGACAUUUUGGAAGUUUUAGAAACUGUUUUCAAAACACUAGAAAAACACAACCCCAAUAAGCCCCUGGAUCCGGAAGUGGAUAGUGGCACGGAGGCGGAUGUGGAUCCACUGGAGGAGGAUCCAUAUGAGCUGGUGGGGGAGGUCCUCAGGGCCCACCACUCUCAGCCCCCGGCCCUAGAUGCCGCGCACAUGCACUGUGAUAUCAGUUAUUACGACCGGGAGACCGGAGAGGUCCUACCGAUUAUCACCCUCCCGACUCCGCCAGGCUAUUUCCCGCGGCUGACCAGCUGCGAUAAUCCACGCGCUUCGGUGGCAUUAGCGCGGGAAUUCACUGACAUGAUCGAGCAAAAUCUCCAGAUGGAUGGUUGUCUGACGGACAGCUGUGAAAGUCCGGAAAAAUACGUCCCAGUUAUAUCACUGGAUAUAUACGACCAAAACCUAGGCGACGAUGGAGCGUCCGUGUUGGCGUCCGUGUUGGAGAAAUACGGGUGUGUAUCAGAACUCAGCAUCCCUAAAAACUGCAUCGACAGUGAUGGGAUGGAAAGAUUGGCGUCAGCGUUGCAAGUAAAUAAGAGUUUACUGAAGUUGGACGUUCGAAUGAAUCCCAUGACCAACGAGGCAGCGCGUGCCUUCUCGAAUGCGCUGCAUAAAAACACGUCGCUGAAGUCUCUAAAUCUGACGGACACAAGAAUCUCGCACGAUGGUUGCAGCGAUAUAGUUCAAAAUCUCGUGGGAAACGGCACCCUGCGAGAGUUGGAUUUGGGAUUUAACGAGUUGGACGACGGAGACUGCGAUCACAUAGCACAGCUGUUAGGAAACAGAUCUGCACUGAAAAAAUUACGCUUGCGUGGAAAUAAUAUCGCAUUUCUAGGGUGUAGAGCACUUUCAAGGUCACUAGAGAGAAACACUGGCCUCCUUGUUCUGGACUUAUCGUCCAACGAUAUUGGUGACAACGCAGCGUUCCAUAUUGGUACGAUGUUGUCAAGAAACACGACUCUUCAGUUUCUCAAUUUAGAGAAGUGUGGCUUCACGAAGGAAGCCGCUGGUGCCAUUGCGCAAUCAUUAACGGAGAAUAAAACUCUGCUGUCGCUAGAUUUAGGAAUGAAUCACUUAGGAGAUUCUGGCGCCGAGGCUCUUGCUGCCAUGUUGUCACAUAACAGUUCCCUAAAAACUCUUUGUCUGAACAUGUGUGGUAUUGGAAAACAAGGAUUCCUGGGUCUCCUUGAGGCUUUGGACAACAACACUUGUCUCAGCACUUUAAAGUUGUGCUUUAACGAGAUCGGACGCUCAGAGCGCCGUGCGCCGAUGUCCCAACUUCACCCACACGACGGUGGCAUACAGGGGAACAGCGCCAUAUUGGAUUUAGUCUACGAUCGUCUGCAUUCAACACUUGUUUACAAAAGGGAUCUGAAAUUGCUUUUAUGGGGGAACAAGUUGGACGAGAAACGCUACUCUAAGGAAGUGCGUUUCGAAAAAUGUCGGUUGAGACAAGGGGAUCAGAAGAGAUGGUCCACCAUGUCCAAGCGGAAAUCAGGCUCAAUGCUAGACAACCCAAAGACCAUGAUUUCCGCGCCAGAUGACAUCCAACCGUCGCCUCUCUUCUCUCGCCCUGGCCGCCCGAGUAAUCUGGACUUGUUGCCCCCUGAGAACCCGAACGCUGCUCACACCGUGGAUCUCCUUCCCUCUUUCCCCUCCCGUUCCCCGCAAAUUUCUUCUCCGGAGAGCUGGACCUCUCAGCCUGGCGGCGACCCCUCUCCCAGCCCCUCCUUCAGCAGCGCCACCUCGAAUUCCAACCCACCACCCAAACCCCCACGUCUAUACGUCAAUACCGCCACCGCCCCCUUGCGGAAAAAACGUAUCUCAGGAUAUUUCGGCAAUUACGAAAACAUCCCGGACUUGAAAUCCCUGCAGAGCACUGAUGUGGCCCCCGAACUCUCCCCCAUGAGCAGAACGUAUCCGCGGAGUAGUCGGUACAAGGCCAUCGAGUCUCGGGACUCCCGGAUGUUGACGGACGAGUUUCUCUUCGCUCAGCAUCGUCAGAUACUAGAAAUCAUGCGUUACUUGCUGAUAGACCGACUGAACGCCCCAGAUGUACUGCACCACUUGUUUCGUAAAGGGGUUAUAACGGAGCAGGAGAAGGAAAUUGUUCUGCAGGAGGAGAGAAAGAAAACAAUGAACAUUUUCAUUGUUGAUGAACUAUUCACAAAAGGAGAGGCGGAGUUCGAGGCAUUUAAAUACAUACUGCGUCUUAACGAGGAUCACGAGGCUUUGGCGGACAUUUUGGAAGUUUUAGAAACUGUUUUCAAAACUCUGGAAAAACACAACCCAAAUAAGCCCUUGGAUCCGGAAGUGGAUAGUGGCACGGAGGCGGAUGUGGAUCCGCUGGAGGAGGAUCCGUAUGAGCUGGUGGGGGAGGUCCUCAGGGCCCACCACUCUCAGCCACCGGCUCUAGACGCCGCGCACAUGCACUGUGAUAUCAGUUAUUACGACCGGGAAACCGGAGAGGUCCUGCCGAUCAUCACCCUCCCGACUCCGCCAGGCUAUUUCCCGCGUCUGACCAGCUGCGAUAAUCCACGCGCUUCGGUGGCAUUAGCGCGGGAAUUCACUGACAUGAUCGAGCAAAAUCUCCAGAUGGAUGGUUGUCUGACGGACAGCUGUGAAAGUCCGGAAAAAUACGUCCCAGUUAUAUCACUGGAUAUAUACGACCAAAACCUAGGCGACGAUGGAGCGUCCGUGUUGGCGUCCGUGUUGGAGAAAUACGGGUGUGUAUCAGAACUCAGCAUCCCUAAAAACUGCAUCGACAGUGAUGGGAUGGAAAGAUUGGCGUCAGCGUUGCAAGUAAAUAAGUGUUUACUGAAGUUGGACGUUCGAAUGAAUCCCAUGACCAACGAGGCAGCGCGUGCCUUCUCGAAUGCGCUGCAUAAAAACACGUCGCUGAAGUCUCUAAAUCUGACGGACACGAGAAUCUCGCACGAUGGUUGCAGCGAUAUAGUUCAAAAUCUCGUGGGAAACGGCACCCUGCGAGAGUUGGAUUUAGGAUUUAACGAGUUGGACGACAGAGACUGCGAUCACAUAGCACAGCUGUUAGGAAAUAGAUCUGCGCUGAAAAAAUUACGCUUGCGUGGAAAUAAUAUCGCAUUUCUAGGGUGUAGAGCACUUUCUAGGGCACUGGAGAGAAACACUGGCCUCCUUGUUCUGGACUUAUCGUCCAACGAUAUUGGUGACAACGCAGCGUUCCAUAUUGGUACGAUGUUGUCAAGAAACACGACUCUUCAGUUUCUCAAUUUAGAGAAAUGUGGCUUCACGAAGGAAGCCGCUGGUGCCAUUGCGCAAUCAUUAACGGAGAAUAAAACUCUGCUGUCGCUAGAUUUAGGAAUGAAUCACUUAGGAGAUUCUGGCGCCGAGGCUCUUGCUGCCAUGUUGUCACAUAACAAUUCCCUUAAAACACUUUGUCUGAACAUGUGUGGCAUUGGAAAACAAGGGUUCCUGGAUCUCCUUGAGGCUUUGGACAACAACACUUGUCUCAGCACUUUAAAGUUGUGCUUUAACGAGAUCGGACGCUCAGAGCGUCGUGCGCCGAUGUCCCAACUUCACCCGCAUGACGGUGGCAUACAGGGGAACACCGCCAUAUUGGAUUUAGUCUAUGAUCGUCUGCAUUCAACACUUGUUUACAAAAGGGAUCUGAAAUUGCUUUUAUGGGGGAAUAAGUUGGACGAGAAACGCUACUCUAAGGAAGUGCGUUUCGAAAAAUGAUUUGUUGGGCGGUGAUAUUGACAGUAACAAUUUGUAUCACAAGAAUUUGGCAUUUUCCAGUCAAUCUUGAUUUGAUUAGGAGAACAUAUCUCGUACAUUCAUACAGCCUGUUGCCACCUUUAAAAGUAAUCACAUUAAAAAAAAAGUGCAUUGCAGCAAAAUAGACUUGAAAGUAUAUAGUUUUAUAUUAAUUAUAUAUGACGUUUUAAAAUCGCUAGGAUAGUUUAGACGUGUAUUUCUGUUUAUCUCCACAAAAAAUUCGGGUGUUAUUUUUGGUAUUCCGUUUCCAUUAUCAUUCCGGGUUAUUUUAUUCUAAAAAUUAUCAUACCAACAAGUUUUAAUACGUAAGCCUUAUUUUUAUGAUUUUUAGUAUUAAGAUAUUUCAUUAUCAUUGAGUGUACAAGAAAUUUUUGACACACAGGUUUGUUAACUGUAAGACUAUUUUGAUCAAUUAUAUGCAAGCUUCAUUAAGACGAAAAAACGUGUCAGAAAUACACGCAUGGAUCACAGAUGUUCAUUCAAUGUCAUGUAUACAUAUGUAAAUAACAUGCAAAUA